AUGGAGCGUUCGCUUGAACAACGAUACGCCAUCAAGUUUUGCGUGCGACUUGGAAAGAAUGCAACCGAAACAUUCCAGAUGCUUCAAGAGGCCUUCAAGGACGACUGUAUUUCAAGGUCACAGUCCGGGAGAUGGCACAAGGCGUUCAAGGAGGGCCGGGAGGAGGUCGCCGACGAACCCCGUUCUGGACGCCCAACAACGGCCAGAACCGACGAAAACGUGAAUCGUGUGUACGAAGUUUUGCGUUCCGACCGUCGAUUGAACAUCCAGUACAUCGCUGACACCCUAAACAUGUCCACAUUUGCGGUACAUGGGAUAGUGACGAAGAAUCUGCAAAUACGCAAGGUCUGCGCGAAGCUUGUGCCGAAAGUGUUGACGGAAGACCAGAAAGAACCUCGAAUUUCGCGCUGUCAAGAAUUUGAUUCAAAAUGA